AGUUCAUUUCGUUGCAGUCAUGAUUCGAGUCCAGUCGAACGUCAACGUCCGUAAUCCGCCUAAUCAUGAAUCAUGUCUGAAAGAGUUGGUUCAGUGAGUUGGUGACUCGAGAACGAAUCAACGAAAUCAUGAAAAAGAUUCGACUCAAAAGGACGGCUCGUUCACGAAUCGGACAGCGUUUAAGGACAAUGGAGUCGGAUGCACCGGAGUCAAACCGAGCCGAGAGCUUUCUACCGCGAAUGUGUCCCAUUCGGAUUAGUCAGAGUUAUGAAACGGAGGCCUGGAUGAACAUCAGUGUUAUAUGACCGCAGUGCGCUGUUUUCUGAUGACCAGCUCGCGCGCUUUCAAGUGUCAUUAGGAGAAGUUCCCUGCUGUAAAGACUGCUGCUUCGUCUCCUGGGCUUCCCCCUGAACAAUAAGGGCUUCAUGUGAUUUUUAUGGCACUGAACAUUUCAGGAGCUCCUCAUACAAUGUCUGAAGUCAGUAUUGGACGGAAAAAAGAAAAGUGUGAGAAUUGCACUAAACAGUGCAACAAGAAACAGAGUGAGGAAGGUAUAAACUCUCUGCAGGAGAAAGGUGUUGCCACUGGAGAGGUGAAAGAGUCUACCUCAGUUCAGCAGGUGUUGUUGAGCGCGUGUCUGUCCUGUGACGGCUGCGUAUCAGAGGAUGAAGGCCAGAGAAUCUCUCAGCAAAAUCUGGAAGAGAUCAACCGUGUGCUUGCCCUCAAUAAGAAAUGUGACACUUCGAAGCACAAAAUUCUUGUGGUGUCUGUGUGUCCCCAGUCGCUGCCAUUUUUUGCUAUUAAAUUUCAGCUGGAUGUUCCAGCAGCUGCAAAGAAACUCUGUGGCUUCCUAAAGAGUGUGGGGGUUCUUUAUGUCUUUGACACUACAGUAGCUGCAAGUUUUAGCAUUUUGGAAAGCCAGAGAGAGUUUGUUCAGCGUUACCGUCGUAAACAUCAUGAUUCUAAUGCCAUGCCGAUGUUCACAUCCUCGUGUCCAGGAUGGAUUCGUUAUGCAGAGCGUGUUCUUGGUAGCCUGGUCACACCACACAUCUGCACCGCCAGAUCGCCUCAACAGAUCAUGGGCUCCUUGGUCAAAGACUUCUUUGCCAGACAACAGAAGCUGACCCCAGAUCAGAUUUUCCAUGUGGUGGUGGCUCCCUGCUUUGAUAAGAAGCUUGAAGCUGUAAGAGAGGAAUUCUACAAAAGCAUCCUAGAGAUCAGAGAUGUUGACUGUGUGCUUACGUCAGGAGAGAUUCUCCACUUAAUGGAACAAAGCAAAGUUACUGUAGAGGAAGUGGACUCUGCUCCUUUGGAUCAUGUAUUUGGUGAGACCACUGACCCAGGUAUGACCAGACAUGAAGGUCGUGGAUCCGAAGGCUUCCUGGAGCACAUUUUCAAACAUGCAGCCAAAGAGCUGUUUGGCCUAGACGUCCAAGAGAUUGUGUACAAGACACUCAGGAAUCGAGACUUCCAGGAGGUGGCGCUAGAGCGUGAUGGAGAGACUCUGCUGCAGUUUGCUGCAGUUUAUGGUUUCCGGAACAUUCAGACUUUAGUGCACAGAAUGAGGAAAGGCAAAGUGCCCUACCAGCUAGUAGAAGUGCUUUCCUGCCCUGGAGGCUGUUUAAGUGGGCGAGGACAAGCUGAGGGAGAGGGAGGUCGUCCUGACCGAACGCUGGUCCAGCAAAUGGAAGAGCACUAUAGCAGCUUGCCUGUCCGUCUGCCUGACACCAACCCAGAGGUCCAGCGCCUCUACCAGGACUGGCUGGACGGCCACGACUCGCCACAUGCGCAGCAAUGCCUCCACACUCAGUACAAGAUCAGCACGCAGCCGCCCUCUCAGAUACUAAAUUCUGAUAUUCAGUGGUGAUUGGCAGUCAUUGAUGCGUUCCCACAUACCAGGAACCAAGUUUGGCAUUAAAAGCACUAAUCAGGACUGACUGUUUGAUGCCAUCUUGGGAUCACACGGACUGCAAUGUGUCUGCAGUAAAAGAAAAGUUGAACAGAGAACCAAACAGGCCUCCUGUUCUAUGCAGUGAAUCGGAUUCUGCUUUACUAAUGAGAAAAUGUGCAUUCGUUAACUAGUUUUCUGGAACAUUCACUCACAUUACACCUAAAUGAUGUCAUGCAUGGUUGGGCAACCAUCCAUCACAUAAAAAGUGUUAUUAAAAGGGCAAUAACACAAGGCAAAAAACUCUGGCUAUUAUUGACAUUAAUUAUUGGACCCUGUUAAUAUGCACUAAAAGAAAUAUUAAUGGCAUUGUGUAUGACUAUCACUAAGAUUCAACUUUAGAAAGUGUAAAACUAAUACAUACUGGCACAG